AUGGCACCAUCAUUUCUGUCGCGCCGAGGUCUGCCCCGCCUGGCCUACCACCGCCUGCCAGGCUGCAGCCCCGGUGUCGUCUUCCUGCUGGGCUUCCGCGACACCAGAGCCAACCCCAAGUGUCAGAGGAUGGAGCAGUUCUGCCGGGAGACAGGACAGGCAUUCGUCAGCUUUGACUACCGGGGAUGUGGGGAGUCAGAUGGCUGCUUUGAAGAGAGCCGCCUGGGGGACUGGAAGGAAGACACCUUGACUGUGUUCGACGAGCUCACCAGUGGCCCCCAGAUCCUGGUGGGGGCCAGCAUGGGGGGCUGGCUGAUGCUGCUGGUGGCCCUGGAGCGCCCAGGCAGGGUUGCUGGGCUAGUUGCCACAGGGAUUGGCGUGGAUGCCUUCAUCGCCCAUGCUAGGGGGCUCCCCGCAGAGGUGAGGAGCCAAGCCCAGCAGAAUGGCCUCUAUGCCUUCCCUAGGGCCGGCAAGGAACCCCUGUUCAUGCAAUGGGGCUUCUUUGGGGAGGCUGAGCAGCAUGGCCUGCUGGAGCGCCCAUCCAUCGGCGUGACCUGCCCUGUCCGGCUGCUGCACGGCUUGAGGGACGAGACCGUGCCCUGGCAGCGAGCGCUGGAGGUGGCAGAGCGGCUGCAGAGUGCCAAUGUCCACAUCAUGCUGCUCAAAGGAGGGGAGCAUGGGCUAGCCAAAGAGGAGGAGCUCAGCGAACUGGUGGGGGCUGUCAGGGGCCUCCUGGCAUUGGUGCCACAGGAAGGCUGA